AUGCAAAUUAUAAUCCCUGUGCCCAAUGUAGUUCCUAUCCCUCCAUAUCUGCAGCUCGUGUUGCUGGUAGAUGUGGACACUUUUCUCAUUAGUUAUGCAUUGUUCACUUUCUAUCUAAUUCUCAAACGUUUUCUUUCUUUUCUCUCUGACUUUUGUUUCUCUCUUCUGUUUAUCUGUACCAUUUAUAACUUCCAUUUCAUUUUUUUAACUGCUUUUUUUCUUGAAUUCUAUCUUUCUUCAUUUGUUUCUUUCUUUAAUUGCUUUUGUUUUCUCUGUCUAUCUCUUUUUUCUUUCAGGCAUUUAUACCUACAGUUUCUUUUUUUAGCUGUUUCAUUCAGUUUUUCUGCAUUUUAUCUUUUCUCAUCUGUUUCUUUCUUUCAUUACUUUUGUUUCAUUUCUUUUCUCUUUCAGUUUCUUUUAAUUUUAUCUUUUGUUCUUUUAUUCUUUUGUUUCUUCAUUUUAUUUCUUUUUUUCAUUUCUUUCUUUAUUGUAUUUUCUAUCCAUUGCUUUCUUUUUCUUUCAUUUUUAAUCAUUUUCUUUUCUUUCUUUCUUUCUUUCUUUAUUUGUUUUCAUCUUUAUUUCAUUUUCUAUACUUUUUAUUUUUAUUUUAUUUUUUUACUGUUUUCCUUCUAUUCUUGCUUUCUUUCAUUUCUUUUGCCUCACUUUUUCUUUCAACUAAUUUUUUCUUCCAUUUUUCAUAUUUCUUUCUUCAUUCAGUAUUUUUGCUCUCUUUUUCAUUUUUCUCUUUCCUCAAUUAAGCUUCUUUUUUUUUCUUUUUCCUUUUUAUUACUUUUUUAUCAUUUUUCUUUUUGCUCUUUCCUUUUUCCAUCAUAUUCAAUUUAUUUUUUCUCAUCUUCUUUGUUUUCCAACUGUCCUAUUUUUUUCAGUUUUUAUCCUAAUUUGACUUCUUCCAUAUUUUCUUUCAUCCCUUUUCACUUUGUUUCUUCACUUUUACUAAUUUAUUUUUCAUUCUUUUUUCUUCAUUACUUCAAUAUCAUUCUUUUCAUUUUCUAUUUCUCUUUUCUUUUACUUUUUCUUUCCCAAACUUUCUUUUUCCUUUCUUUCAUUUUUACUUUGCUUUUAAAUUUAUUCUCUUCCUUUUCUUUUCUAUUUUUCUGUUCUUCCUGUCUUUCUAAUUUAUUUCACUUCAUUUUACUCUUUCUGUUUAGUCUUUCUUUUUUGAUUUUUUUUACUUUUUUCUUUUUAAUUUUAUUUCUUUUAUUUUACUUUACCUUUAAAUUAAUUUUCUUCUUUCUUCUCCUUCUUUUCUUUCUAUUUAUUUUCUUCUUUCUUUUUUGUUUUUAUUCCUUUCUUGCUUUCAUCCAUCCUUUCUUUCUUUCUCUUUUUCUUUCUUUAAAUUUCUUUUCUUUCUUUUUUUUUCUUGCUUACAUUUUUACUUUCACUUUAAAUUUCUUUUCUUUGUUUUCAUUUUUUCUUGCUAUCAUCCAUUCUUUUUUCUUUUCUUUUCUUUUCUUCCUUUUUCUUCCCAGACCAGUUUCUUCCAUUGUUCUUCACCUAUUAUCUCUUUCCGCAUCAUUCUUCUUUCUAAUCUUUUGA